AUGGAGUACAAGAAGGAAAAGCUCGUGAGGUUUUAUCCGGAGGGCAAGCAACAUAUUGGGAUUUUUCCAUGGGGCAAAGGUGAUGCAAUAUACCCGGAAAACCCGGAGAAAGUCUCAUCAUCUUCAUUGCUCAUGCCGGGGAGCAAAGGAGGGGGAAAGCUGCCAGAGACCUCGAAGAUGGGAGGGGGAAGGGGGGCCAAUGUCUUCUCGGAGGACUAUCAACCGUGGCACCAGAAAAUGCUGGAUCCUGGCAGUGAUAUUGUGUUGAGAUGGAAUAGGAUCUUCCUUGUAUCAUGCUUAGUUGCUCUCUUCAUCGAUCCGCUCUACUUUUAUCUGCCUACCAUAGGAGGGGACGGGAAGAGUUCUUCGUGUGUUAGCACGGAUUACAACUUGAGAAUCGUCAUCACAUUCUUCAGAAGUGUGGCAGAUCUGUUCUAUCUUCUGCAUGUGGUGUUGAAAUUCAGGACUGCUUAUGUUGCCCCGAGCUCUCGUGUGUUUGGCAGGGGCGAGCUUGUCAUGGAUCCCAAGUUGAUUGCCCGGAGGUACAUUCGAUCCGACUUUUUGAUUGACCUCAUUGCCACUCUGCCUCUCCCUCAGAUAGUUGUCUGGUUCAUCAUCCCCGCAACUAGAAAGCCUCGAACUGAUCAUAACAACAAUGCGCUUGCCCUGAUCGUGUUGCUUCAGUAUAUCCCUAGAUUAUAUCUCAUCUUCCCACUCAGCUCCCAAAUUAUCAAGGCUACUGGUUUGGUCACUAGGACAGCUUGGGCAGGAGCUGCUUACAAUCUUCUAUUGUACAUGCUGGCAAGCCAUGUUCUAGGAGCAUCAUGGUACUUGCUAUCCAUUGAGAGGCACACAACCUGCUGGAAAAGGAUUUGUAGGAAUGAAACUGCUCCUAUCAAGUGUGAGCUUAAUUACCUCGAUUGCGAUGCUUUCAACCACAACGAUAGGAUAACAUGGGCAAAAAACACCACUGUGUUUCGAGAUUGUGAUCCGAGUAAUGAUAUUCAGUUCCAAUAUGGGUUGUUUGGAAAUGCUGUGACCAAAAAAGUUGUAUCUACCAGUUUUGUUGAUAAGUACUUCUAUUGCUUGUGGUGGGGGUUACAGCAAUUAAGUUCAUAUGGCCAGAACUUGACAACAAGCACAUUCAUUGGGGAGACAUCAUUUGCUAUACUGAUAUCAAUCAUGGGUCUCGUUCUUUUUGCUCAUUUGAUUGGCAAUAUGCAGACGUACCUUCAAUCUCUUACAGUGAGACUCGAGGAAUGGCGGCUCAAACGGAGGGACACAGAAGAGUGGAUGAGACAUCGCCAGCUGCCUGAAGACCUGAGGCACCGCGUUCGACGCUUUGUCCAAUACAAGUGGGUUGCAACUCGAGGCGUCCUUGAGGAAGAUAUUCUACGCGGCUUGCCUACUGAUCUCCGGCGUGACAUCCAGCGACACCUCUGCCUCGAUCUUGUCCGACGUGUUCCGUUCUUCUCGCAGAUGGAUGAUCAGCUGCUUGAUGCAAUCUGCGAGCGCCUGGUUUCUUCCCUUAGCACGCAAGGCACCUACAUUGUUCGGGAAGGUGAUCCUGUGACAGAAAUGCUGUUCAUAAUUCGGGGAAGUCUAGAGAGCUCCACGACUAAUGGUGGAAGAACCGGGUUCUUCAACUCGAUCAUGCUCAAGCCUGGUGACUUCUGUGGUGAGGAACUCCUCGCAUGGGCCCUGCAUCCAAAAUCAUCUCUCAACCUUCCUUCAUCGACUCGAACGGUGAGAUCACUCAACGAGGUUGAAGCAUUUGCCUUACGAGCUGAAGAUCUCAAGUUUGUGGCGAACCAGUUCAGGCGGCUGCAUAGCAAGAAGCUGCAACACACAUUUCGGUAUCACUCGCAUCACUGGAGGACAUGGGCGGCAUGCUUCAUCCAGGCAGCUUGGCGUCGUCACAAGAAGAGGAUGGUAGAAUACAGUCUCACGAUGUCGGAAUCUUUCCAGCGAAGGGAACUCGAGAUGAUGAUGGCACAGGAAGAAGAGGAACGAAGCUCAAGUGCCUUGAGAGGGAAGCUCAACCUCGGAGCAACGAUAUUGGCUUCGAGAUUCGCGGCGAAUACUAGGAGAGGAGUGCAGCAGAAGAUGAAGGAUGUGGAUAUGGUGAAGCUACAGAAGCCAGAGGAGCCCGACUUCUCCGCAGAAGCUGACUAA